UACAGGGAUGUCAAGGAGAGAAGGGGUGGUCUGAAAUGUAGUGACACGCUAAAGCCUUCCACCACCAUUCAUCACUCAUUAUUCAUCGGAUGAAGUCUGAACAAGAGUCCUUUGUGAUGACCCUAUGGAUAACUCUCCUCUGACCCUUGACUGAUCAUCUAUCCCCCCCCUUCCCCCCACCGCACAGCAUCAUGGGGGUCCAGAUGCACUUCAGUACUGUGGAUUAUGUGAUUUUUGUCGUGCUCCUAGUGGCCUCUGCAGGAAUCGGGCUUUACUACGCAUUCUCAGGGGGUCGACAGAGGACCACACAGGAGUUCUUGCUGGCUGACCGUAGCAUGCGCUGCCUCCCUGUGUCCCUUUCACUGUUGGCCACCUUUCAGUCUGCCGUAGCCAUUUUGGGCGCCCCAUCUGAGAUUUACACACAUGGCACGCAGUACUGGUUUCUUGGCUGCUCUUACUUUCUGGGCUUGCUUAUCCCAGCACACAUUUUCAUUCCAGUUUUCUAUCGGCUACGCCUCAGCAGCACGUAUCAGUAUCUGGAGCUUCGCUUUAGUAAAAGUGUUCGGAUAUGUGGCACUUUGACCUUCAUCUUUCAGAUGGUGAUUUAUAUGGGAGUAGUUCUGUAUGCCCCAGCUCUUGCACUCAAUGCAGUAACUGGUUUUGACCUUUGGGGGGCAGUACUGGCUAUGGGAUUGGUGUGUACGCUUUAUACAGCACUGGGUGGUCUGAAAGCAGUAAUCUGGACAGACGUGUUCCAGACAAUCGUGAUGUUUGCUGGGCAGCUGGCUGUGAUCGUGGUGGGCACACACCAGGCAGGUGGAAUCGCAGAAGUAUGGAGGAAAGCACAGAAUGGCAGCCGUAUCUCAGGCCUGGAUCUGAACCCUGACCCCUUGGAGAGGCACACAUUCUGGACUCUAGGAGUCGGGGGUGUAUUUCUCAUGCUGGCCCUAUAUGGAGUGAAUCAGGCUCAGGUCCAGAGAUACCUCAGCUCCCGCACAGAGAAAGAGGCCAUUAUGUCUUGCUAUGCGGUGUUUCCAUGCCAACAGAUCGUACUCACAUUGGGCUGUUUAAUGGGUCUGGUUAUGUAUGCUCGCUAUGGGGAGGAGAGCCCCCUGGCUCAAGGCUACGUCACAACAAAUGACCAGAUGGUACUGUAUUUUGUGAUGGAUGUGUUAAGGGAUCUGCCUGGUCUGCCAGGACUGUUUGUCGCCUGCCUGUUUAGUGGAGCUCUCAGCACAAUCUCAUCUGCCUUUAACUCCCUGGCAACGGUUACCAUGGAGGAUCUGAUUAAGCCUCAUGUCCCAGCCAUGACUGAGGCCCGAGCCACCCUGCUCUCUAAACUCUUGGCUCUUGCCUAUGGGCUUGUGUGUCUGGCUAUGGCAUACAUUGCCUCUCUAAUGGGCUCUGUGCUGCAGGCAGCACUCAGUAUUUUUGGGAUGGUGGGGGGCCCACUUCUUGGUCUUUUCUGUCUCGGGAUGUUUUUCCCUUGGGCCAAUUCCACUGGGGCUCUGGUUGGGCUGGCAGCAGGGCUGGUCAUGGCUUUCUGGAUCGGCAUUGGCAGCUUUGUUUCAAGAAUGUCUGCAUCUGUGCCUCUGGAAAUAAAUGCCACUGUCAUGCCAGAUGUAGGAAACAUGACAACAGCUGUCAUGAGAACACUUAUCACAACUAAAACCAGGCCAUCUGGAGUUCAGGCUUUGUAUUCAUUAUCAUACAUGUGGUACAGUGCUCACAACUCUGCUACUGUUGUGGUGGUGGGACUACUGGUCAGCUUCCUGACUGGGCCCUGGAAGGAGAAGGACUUGAACCCAGGCACAAUUUACCCUUUACUUCGCAAUCUGAUGUUUUUUUUGCCCCAACGCUACAGAGAGAAACUCUGCUGUGUUACCCCACUGGAAGACAAGUCCAAAGGCCUGGAUCAACAGCCUUACCAGAUGGCUCAGAAAGAGAGCAAUGGUGUUGCCUGCUCAAAAGAGGAAGACAAGCUCAGGGCAGAGGAGGGAGAACAGAUAACCACCCAGCCUACUUGUAACCUGGCCAAUAUUGUGCAGGAAACAGCCUUGUGAAAGCUCUCACACCUCGUCACAGAGCAGUCUUAAAGGGUCACUGUCUCCCAAAGGCCCUAGGAACCAAUAGGAGGAAAACAUCAGUUAUUAUGCCAAAGUGGCAUGUAAAUAUUCAACCUCAUUGUUCCAUCCUGUUGAGUUGGGUUUGAUGGAUGUAGAACCCUAAGUCCAUAAGCUGUGGUGUGUAUUGUGAUGACGUAAAAGGGCCCUCUGCGGUAUUUAUACACUGUGCCCCAAACAGCCAAUAAUGGAGGUAAUAGGAUGUUUUGUUUAAAUGUGGUACUUUAUGAUGUCACGGAUGAUGUCUUGAAAAUUUCAUAAUGUGUUGAAACUAGUUUACAUGGCCUAAAUAUUUUCUCAAGAGCAAUGAGUACUCAGUAUUACAACCCCAAUUCCAAAAAAGUUGUGACAGUAUGAAAAAUGCUAAUAAAAACAAAAAGUGAUUUGUAAAUUAUAUUCACCCAUUGCUAAAUUGAAAACACUACAACUACACAUAAUAUGAUGUUUUACCAUGUGAAUUUCAUUGUUGUUGUUUUUUAUGUACAGUAAUUUCAAAUCAAAUGAUUGCAACCUUGCUCUUGAAGGACUAGGCUGUUUUUGGAGGCUCCUUAUAUAGUGUGACACGAUUGCCUCACCUGUCUAACAUCACCUGUUUCACAUUGCCUUGUUAUUUUAACUAGUUCAAUUGUUAAUAGUCUUAAAUUGCCAGAGGAUCAUUCCAGAGUUGUCAAUUUGCCAACAGAUGCUUCAGCAAAUAAUCCAGCAUUUUGAGAUCAAUGUUCCCCAAAGACAAAGUGGAAGGAUUUUGGGCAUUUCACCCUCUACAGUGCACAAUAUACUUAAAAGAUUUAAGGAAUAAGGUCAAUUCUCGAUGCGUAAAGGGCGAGACGAAAACCACUUCUGAAUGCGCAUGAUCUCUGAUCCCUCAGACAUCACUGUCUUAAAAAACAUAAUUCAUCUGUAAUGAAUAUCAUGAACAUCGGCAUGGAAUUACUUUUGUAAACUUUUGUUAGUCAACACCACUUGUCACUGCAUCCACAGAUGCAAGUUAAGACCACUAUGCAAAGCAGAAGCCCUCAUCAACACGGUCCAGAAGCGCUGCCGACUUCUCUGGGCUCAGUCAUCUUAGAAUGCAGAAAAGUUGAACUGUGUUUUUUGGUCCGAUGAGUCCAAAUUUCAAAUAAUUUUUGAAAAACACAGCCAUCGUGUUUUCCGGACCAAAGAGGAAAAGGACCAUCCAGGUCCAAAAGCCGUAUGGGCAAGGGGUGUGUCAGUGCCCAUGGCAUGAGUAACUCGCACAUCUGUGAGGGCACCAUUAAUGUAGACAGAUAUGUAUAAGUUUUGGAGCAGCAUAUACUGCCAUCCAACACCAUCUUUUCCAGGGACGCCCAUGAAUUUUCAGCAGGACAACUUCAAACCAGAUACUCGCCGAAUAAGCAGAGAGUGUGGGUGCUAGAUUGGCCUGCCUGCAGUCCUGACCAUCUCCAAUUGAGAAUGCGUGGUGCAUUAUUAAGAGCACAAUGAAGCAGCAAAGACCCCGUACAAUUGUGCAGCUGAAGACCUGCAUAAUGGAUGAAUGGGGGAAAAUUCCACUUUUUAAACUUAACAAACUUGUGUCUUCAGUGCCUAUAUAUUUAAUAAGUGUUAUUAGAAUAAAUGGUGAUAUUUCACAGUGGUAAAUACUCAACUGUCCAAACUUUUUUGGAGUGUAUUGCAGUCAUCUGAUUUGUAAUUACUGUAUAUAUAUAAAAAAAAAAAAAUUAAAUUCACAAGGUGAAACAUCAUAUAAUGUUUAGUUGUAGUGCUUUCGAUUUUGCAAAGGGUAAAUAUAAUUUGCAAAUCGCUCCUUUUUGUUUUUAUUAGCAUUUUUCAUACUGUCCCAACUUUUUCUGAAUUGGGGUUGUAGAUUAUUGCUGGGUCAUUAUUAGUGGUCGACUGAUAUGUUUUAUUUAAAUGCGAUAUUUAGACAGCAGAGUGAACGAUGUCUGAUAUAGGGCCAGUAUAUAUAAUUUACUGAUGGCAAAUAAGAUGUACAUAAAACUGGUGAAUUUAACACUUAAUUUUGUUUUCUCAAAAUUCACGAAAAAAGUAUUUGGACAAGAAAAUGUGCUUUAUCCAUUGAAAAGUCUGUCCAGGCGGAAUGACCACUUCUGUUAAUUGACCAGUCAGGCAUAGUUAUUGGGCGAUAAUCUCAAAAUGGCCCAAUAUUGUCCAAUAAACCAGCCUGGCGGCCAUAUCGGUCUGCCACCAUUCAUGAUUUAAGUGUACGCACAACUUGAAGAAAGAACUAUGAAAGUCAGGUUUGGGAUGGGUGGUUUACAUCAAGAUAGACCACAGUUUGCACAAUUCCUCAAACUUUGACAGAGUAGUCAUUUAAUGUCAGUGCCAAUCGGGAUAUGUUUGGAGUUUUCCCUCCCAAAGAUUUUAUUUCAUCCAAAGUUCAUUACCAUUAGCCUUUCAUUUUAUUUGCCUUUAAAAGUGCAACAGUUAAUGUACUUGUCCACUAAACCUAAGAUAAAAGUUUACAGCACGUGAAGAAUUGCCAGUAUUUAAAAUGUGGAAGUAAACUUUCAGCUUGGCAUUCAUGAAGAAACCAUCUGCAUUGUGAUACAUGUGAGAUAUUGUGAUGAAUCUAAUGCAUGUUGAAUUUAUAGUUUGCUCUCUUAAAUUGAACUCAAUGAACAUUGAACUCAUUGUAGGCCAUUGUUCAUAGUAAGUGCCUCCUCAAAUGAACGGAUGAUGUUUUGUAGUUUUGUGACCAGAGUAUUGCUAUAGUUUGGCAUUUCAUAGCUUUACCAAAAUGGAACGUGGCCCCACAGUUUUUACGCAUAUGAAAGUCACUCUACUGAAUCAGUCCUUGCUUUGCAUUUUAGAGCUCACGUAUGUAACUUUUCCUGUUUUAAAAUACUUUCUCCUAUCCAAGCUUAAUACGCAGAGACAACUAUUAGUAAACUAUCUAUAGGUUAAUUUUCUCGAAAACUGUAAGCAAUGUCUUUCUGUGGUUACUCAACCAAUGGUGAGAGUUGGGAGCGGGACUAUCCCUUUGUAUGACCAACGGCAGAUGGAGGCGUAUUCAGAAAGCUGUUUUGAAAACAAAGUUUAUAUUUACAAUUCCUUAUGGUGGUGUAACGGCAAAGAAAUUACAUACUUCAGCUUUAAAAGCCUGAAUACCUAUCCAGCAUCUCAAAUAAUCUCGAAUAUGGUAUGGAUGAUUGUUAAGCAAACGGUCAAUUUUUUUUAUAAAGUACAAAUUUUAGAAUUGUUCUUCAUAAUUUAAUCAUGUCAAUUAAUUGCUAUAAUGCCAUUGUUGUAUUUGAUCUUAGAUAUAGAAGUGAAGAUGCUUGUUAUUAUAGGAUCAAUAGAACUAUGGAAACUAAAUGCAUAGAUCUGAAACCUCUUGGUAAGUUACUGACCAUAAUUCUUAAGUAUUAAACACUUCAUUAGCCUUAAAUGCACAUGGAUUGAUAUGGUUGUGCAUGUUUCUUGUAAUUUGAUUGUUUCUUGUGGUUAUAAAUUGUAUUUUCCAUGCCUUUAUAACAUGCUUUGCUGUCUAGUCCAAAUUCAGACCUCAGUAAACCAUACCAUUUGUAGUUGGUAUAGAUAUUAGUGGAAUUCCUACGUCUUGUAUUGUGCCUGUGAAUGAAAUGAAAGCUUUCUCUUAAUCAUCUCUUUCUCAAAAGCACAGACAUUUUGUAAAAUUUUCCAUUAAUGUGGUGUGGUUUGACUGUAUGUCGUGCUUGUAAAAGUCAUUCAUUUGUUUGAGUUUCUUUUUGACUUUAUUGUGAGCAUUUGUCUACAAAGUAUCAUCUUAUGUGGAAUCACGUUCAUUAUGUGGAAUCAUGUUCAUUAUGUGGAAUCAUGUUCAUUAUGUGGAAUCAUGUUCAUUUCAAGGGUUUUACCUCCUGUCGC